AGAGUAGAAUACUGCUUGUCGGUAAAAAAGGGGACUGCAUUUGAACACUAUUUUCAAAUCGGAACAAUUUGUUUGUAUUAUUUGUUGCGUUUAUCUUAUUUUAGUAAAACUGCGACACGUGUAUUUCUAACCAGCGGAAAUAAAGCGGGCUCCCAGCAUGGUCAUAAAUUAGUGGAUUGCAUUCAGUAACGCAAUAGUGGCGGUGACAUUGGCGUGGGAAUAUUAAAAAAUUCUGUUUCUUUAAGAAUCUUGUAGCUAGAGAACGUUCGAUGCCGAGUAGUACAGAUAAUUUUGUUAUAUUGUAACCUCCAGUUAUUGUUGAAUAUUUGAACGCGCAUUAACUUGUAAUACAGUAAAUUCAGUCCUUCUUUCUGCGAAAGGAGGAUUGACAUAUCAUUUCAAUAGAGUAACAGUUUCGUUAAACGUUAUUAUUAUUAUUAUUAUUAUUAUUAUUAUUAUUAUUAUACAAUUGUAUUGCAAACAUUUGCAACCAUAAAUAGGUUGCCGGGUGUUUUAUUCAGUCGUUACACACGGCCUCAAAAUUCAGUCUCAAUAUUUAACACACUUUAUUUUCCUACUAAUAAGUUUAUUAUUUUCGGUAUAUGCAUACGAAAUGGCUUGGUCUGGGAGAUUUCAUGCAAGAAAUAAUAAGGAACUUAUACAUCAUCUGAAACAAUCCAGAAUAAUUAAGUCUGAGAAAGUCUAUGAAGCAAUGUCUGCUAUAGACAGAGGAAAUUAUACUCAUCCCAGUUACGCUUAUGUUGAUUCUCCACAAGGAAUUGGUUAUGGUGCAACGAUAAGUGCUCCUCAUAUGCAUGCAUAUGCUUUGGAGAUACUUGAAGAUAAAUUACACAGCGGUGCUAAAGCAUUAGAUGUUGGAUCUGGUUCUGGAUAUUUGAGUGCGUGUAUGGCAAUGAUGCUAGGACCCAAUGGAACAGUUGUAGGUAUAGAUCAUAUUCCUGAACUUAAAGCAUUCGCAGAAGAGAAUAUUAUGCGGGACAAACCAGAACUUCUUAGCAGUGGCCGUGUUACAUUAGUUGUUGGAGAUGGAAGAUUAGGAUAUCCAGAAAAUGCACCAUACGAUGCAAUUCAUGUAGGAGCAGCUGCUAAAGAACUACCACAGGCUUUGAUUGACCAGUUAGCUCCUGGAGGACGUUUAGUAUUACCAAUGGGUCCAGCAAAUUCAGAUCAGACAUUAGUUCAAAUUGAUAAAACAAUGGAUGGGACGAUUAAGAAAAAAUCUCUUACUAGUGUUGUUUUUGUACCACUCACUAGUAAGCACAAGCAGUAUCCUUCAUGAGAUUCAUGCAUGCUCCAGUGAGCUUUUUUUUUACUACAAUCAAGUAUUCAAUGAAAUAUAAUUCCUCAAAGUUGAACAACUAUUAAACGAUUGUGGACGAAUAUAUUUACGCUACAAAAGUAAUGUACCUCUAGUCAUAAUUGUGUGCAAUAAUUACUGAAAUUUCUUUAUUUUUCGCGAAUAUUGGAUUUUCAUUAUAAUUUAUUGUAUUUCGGAUUAUUAAAAAUAAACACGUUCUUAAAGUAUAUCAUAAUUAAUUUCAU